AUGAGUCAACAUCAACAUUCACCACUUCCGGAAAGCGAAGGUCUUCAAGUCGACACACAUGCAGAGCGAGCGGCCAAAGCUCCCGAGGUGGCCGGAUAUGAUCAAAACGGCCAUUAUUAUGCCCCUCCAAUAUAUAAUCAGCAGCAACCGAAUGGCGUGAGGCUUCCAUUUGGUCUUGGUGUUUUGGCAUUCACCGCGCUUGUCGUCCUAUGUACAGCUAUCGUUGUUGGUGCGGGUGUGGGUGGAGGAUUGGGCGCUGCGAUGGCAAAUAAGUCAAGUGACUGCUCCACGGAGUCUGUGCCAGCUCCCUCCGCGACCGCCGAGGCCACAUCGUGCCCAACACCGGACAAUACCACAUCUUCCGAUAACGAUACCGCUCCUUACGUCCCUAGAUCACCCUCCUCGGUCCAGGAGCUAGAACUCAAGUGCCCGAGCAAGAAGAACGACGAGACAAGGUACAAGUCAAGUAAGGGCUACGAGUUCCAGUGGUGGUGUGGCGUCAACGCAGCGCAAGGUUCCCCAGCAGAAGGAGGAGGUAUCGUGGCCGACCUGGCACCCAUCAUUGCAUACACAAUCGAAGAUUGCAUGGAGGCAUGUAGUGCCAUGAUUCAGAAAGACGAAGACGUUGGCACUGGAGUCAGAUGCUCUAGCAUCGUUUUCUCGAAAAAGAUGUCGGUCGAGUUGGAGAAUCAAGGUGCAAACUGCUGGCUAAAGAAUGCUUCAAAGGCAUCGGGCGGCAAUUGGGGCUUCAAGGAUGAUUUUUACGCGUAUGCCGAAUUAGACGACUAG